UAUGCGAGUAAAUAUAGUCAUAAACUUAGCAAUUCGAUCAGGUAGUGAAAAUAAGCUAUCCAGAUAUCGUAGCUAAGAAAACCUUAGAGGCCAACUUCAUGGAUUCAAAAAUCUUACUAGGUGCUACCUGCCUCUUGUUCAUUUUAGCAGGGUUUAAUUGUGAUGUAAAAAACUAUGCAGCAAAGGCUGAUAUCCAGAAGGUGGAUAUCGGUAGCAUAGCGAAAAGAUGGAGGAAUCUGAGUGGUGAGUACGACUGGGAUGGUCUUUUGGAUCCUCUUGACGUUGAUCUCCGUAGCUACAUUAUUCACUAUGGUGAUAGGAUUCAAGCUAUCCUCGACUCCUUCAUCUCCGACAAACGCUCUAGGAACAUUGGGCUCCCUCGCUACAUAAAGAAACAUUUUUUCAGUAAGGUGGGAUUGGUGAAUGGAAAUCCAUAUGAUUAUGAAGUGGUAAGAUAUUUGUAUGCUUCAACUCUCGACAGUAGAUCACCUCAAUACCCUGUCCCUCCUGAAAACGUGGCCGGGUACUCAAACUGGGUAGGUUACGUCGCUGUAAGCACAGAUUAUGGGUCAGUGGCCUUAGGGAGGAGGGAUAUUGUCAUUGCCAUUAGAGGAACAACGAAGGACGAAGAAUGGUAUCUCAAAUACCUUCUUGAACUUGUUCCAGCUUCUGAUAUAUUUGGAACUGAAUAUAAUCCUAAGUUGCAAAAAGGUCGGUACGUGUACUACGUUACAGCUGAUCCAGGGUCAGCCUUCAACAGUAUCAGUUUCAGAGACCAGGUUUUAAGUACUGUUAGAGAGUUGGUGGACAAAUACAGGGAUGAGGAAGUUAGCAUUACAGUGACGGGCCACAGCAUGGGUGGUGCAUUUGUGACUAUAAUCGCUUCUGAUAUUGCAUAUAAUGGAUACAACAAGCCUACAAACCAAACAAACAUAGCUUUCCCAGUGACCGGAUUUGCAAUCGCCAAUUCCCCUGUUGGAGAUGAAGGGUUUGUCAAAGUGUACAAUACCAUUGAAAAUCUUCACAUUUUGCGAAUAGCAAACUUAAACGACUCAAACCCAGAUUUUCCAAACAGUACAUAUGGCUAUUACCAUGUGGGAACUAAGUUGGUCAUCGAUUCUUUGCAAUCACCUUACUUGAAGGAUGCAAUCAACACUGUGCAUCAGCUUCAGGUUUACUUGCAUACGAUAGCUGGAACACAAGGGUCAGCCGGAGGAUUCAAAUUGGAAGUGGAUCGUGAUCUUGUACUACUAAACAAAGCGUUGGAUGCCGUAAAGGAUUCAUAUAAUAUCACUGCUAGGUGGUGGGGUGAGAAAAACAAGAAUUUUGUUCAAUUGGAUAAUGGAACUUGGGUGGUGGACAUAGAUCGAGAGAUUGACGAAUAUGAGCCCUUGUCGUCCAUCGUCACCGGAAAGAUGGGUCUGUGUUCCAUGUAAUAAAAGCUAGCUAGCUAGCCUGUGGUUGUGAACAAUAAGUUUAUGGUAGUGAAAAUAAGCACCUUUGAGAUUUAGGGUUGGCUAGCUAUCUCUCUUUUGAGAAGCGGCCUUUCCUUCUAGAUGUGCAAAGUUGUUCAGUUGCCCUUUUAGGGAUUGCUAGUUGGUCGGUUUGUGUUCCCUUUGUUUUUGUGUACGUCAUUUGUGUCAAUAAAAUUAUCUCUUUUCAAAAA